AUGGUCGCCCAAGUUCAAAAGCAAGCCCCAACUUUUAAGAAAACUGCCGUCGUCGACGGUGUCUUUGACGAAGUCUCUUUGGACAAAUACAAGGGUAAGUACGUUGUCCUAGCCUUCAUUCCAUUGGCCUUCACUUUCGUCUGCCCAACCGAAAUCAUUGCCUUCUCAGAAGCCGCUAAGAAAUUCGAAGAACAAGGUGCUCAAGUCCUUUUCGCCUCCACUGACUCCGAAUACUCCCUUUUGGCAUGGACCAACAUCCCAAGAAAGGAAGGUGGUUUGGGCCCAAUCAACAUUCCAUUGUUGGCUGACACCAACCACUCUUUGUCCAGAGACUAUGGCGUCUUGAUCGAAGAAGAAGGUGUUGCUUUGAGAGGUUUGUUUAUCAUUGAUCCAAAGGGUACCAUCAGACACAUCACCAUUAACGACUUGCCAGUUGGUAGAAACGUUGACGAAGCCUUGAGAUUGGUUGAAGGUUUCCAAUGGACCGACAAGAACGGUACUGUCUUGCCAUGUAACUGGACCCCAGGUGCUGCCACCAUCAAGCCAAGCGUUGAAGCCUCCAAGGAAUACUUCGAAGCUGCCAACAAAUAA